AUGUGGGAGCUCGGCUGGAGGGAGAGAAGAUUCCUCACGAGCAGCAGAUCAAGUUCUUUGGAAAGGUUGUCUUACCCUUGGUGGACCAGUACUUUAAAAACCACAGGUUGUACUUCCUGUCCACAGCCAUACAUGCCAUCAGCAGUGGAGGUCACGCCUCCAACAAGGAGAAGGAGAUGGUGACCAGUCUUUUUUGCAAACUUGGAGUUCUUGUCAGACACAGGAUAUCCUUAUUUGGUAACAAUGCGACAUCCAUCGUCAACUGUCUGCAGAUAUUAGGACAAAGUCUGGAUGCCAGGACAGUGAUGAAGACGGGUCUGGAGGCAGUAAAGGUGGCGUUGCGUUCAUACUUUGACAGUGUGGCAGAGGAUCUAGAGAAGACCCAAGAAAACCUAAAGCUGGGUCAGUUUACUCACAGCAGAGAGCAGCUGCGAGGCAUCACUCAGAUCAUCAACUACACCACCGUCGCCCUGCUGCCGGUGCUCUCCUCCCUGUUUGAGCACAUUGGACAGAACUUAUUUGGAGAAGAUCUUAUUUUGGAUGAUGUCCAGAUUUCCUGCUACAGAAUCCUGAACAGCCUCUACUUUCUGGGAACCAACAAAAGCAUUUAUGUUGAAAGACAGCGUCCAGCUAUAGGAAAGUGUUUAGCUGCCUUCUCUGCAGCCUUUCCUGUUGCCUUCCUAGAGCCCCACCUUGACAAGUUCAAUGGCUUCUCCAUCUACAACAGCAAGGGGAGUAAAGACAGAACAGGGCUUCUGGGGCCCGUUGGAGAGGUGUGUCCUUUGGUCCCAAACUUGGAGAAGUCUCUACAGGAGAUCAUGGAGCUGGCAGAGUCUGGCAUGAGAUAUACACAGAUGCCUCAUGUGAUGGAGGUAGUGUUGCCAAUGUUGUGCAGCUACAUGUCCCACUGGUGGGAACACGGACCAGAAAGCACCCCGGACAAGGCAGACAGCUGCUGCACAUCUGUCACCUCUGAACAUAUGAACACCUUACUGGGAAACAUACUGAAGAUCAUUUACAACAACUUGGGGAUUGACGAAGGAGCCUGGAUGAAAAGACUUGCUGUCUUUUCUCAGCCCAUCAUCAAUAAAGCCAAAGCCCAGCUGCUCAAGACCCACUUCCUGCCUCUAAUGGACAAACUGAAAAAGAAGGCAGCAGUGGUUCUGAUGGAUGAGGAACACAGCAAGGCUGAAGGAAGAGGUGAGAUGUCCGAGACGGAGCUCCUCAUCAUGGACCAGUUCACCAUCCUGGUCAGAGACCUGUACGCCUUCUACCCUCUCCUUAUACGAUUUGUGGACCACAACAGAGCCCGAUGGCUGAAAGAGUCCAACCCAGAGGCAGAAGAGCUGUUCAGGAUGGUCGCUGAGGUCUUCAUCUUCUGGGCCAAGUCUCAUAACUUCAAGAGAGAGGAGCAGAAUUUUGUGGUCCAAAAUGAAAUCAACAACAUGUCAUUCCUCAUCUCAGACACCAAGUGCAAGAUCUCAAAGGGUAUAGUUUCAGACCAGGAGAGGAAGAAGAUGAAGAGGAAGGGCGACCGAUACUCUUCCCAGACUAGUUUGAUAGUGGCCACUCUGAAGCGUCUGCUUCCUGUGGGACUGAACAUCUGUGCCCCGGGAGAACAGGAACUGAUUGCUUUGGCUAAAAUGCGCUUCACUCAGGUACCAAAGCCUUCAUCUAAAACGACAGUAAUCAUAAAGCUGCAGUAGCUAUUCAGCAAAACAAGCUAGCUUUUAAACACAAUCACAGAACUCCCACCCCUCCUAUCACCUCCUGUCCCCGGGUCAGGUUCCUCUGAUUUGGGAAUCGUGCACUGCCACAGUAAACGAGUGAGCAUUAAACACCAGUUGCAGCUUUCUACGUCCAAACAUCUUUUGUUGUCCGUUACUUCAGAUGGUGUUUUUUGGGUGGGUUUGUAGUGACGUGCAAUACCACCGACUUCUUUUCUGAUCCAAUACCAAAUAAAAUGAGCUUCAGUGUUAGUGAUGGUGAUCCAAUACCGAUAAAUUGCUCAAAUAUUUUUUUGCUGGGAAAGGUGAAAUACAAAGUCAUAUGUUUGGAUUAUAACUUGGUACAGGUGAGUCUCUGAGUACAGGACUCUCGACCCAGUACAGGAACCUGGAAGUUCCUGUACUGGGUCGAGAGCCCUCACAGAUAGCAGAAAAUCUAGAACCUUCGCUGUGGGCUGAGGCUGGAGGUCCUUCACUAUCAUCUUGUUAGUUUCGUUGCUGUUGGAAAAUCAUCUACAAAUAAUAC